AUGGGUUUCAACAGACCAUCCAAGAUACAGGAGACAGCGCUUCCUAUGAUGCUGGCUGACCCACCCCAAAAUCUUCUAGCACAGAGCCAGUCAGGGACAGGAAAAACUGCAGCUUUUGUCUUGGCCAUGCUGAGCAGAGUUAAUGGUGCUGAAAAAUUCCCCCAGUGUCUCUGUUUAGCUCCGACCUACGAGCUGGCUGUGCAGACUGGACAAGUGGUUGAAAAGAUGGGAAAACUGUGUGUCAACAUCAGAGUUGCGUAUGCUGUCCGAGGGAAUAGAAUUCCAAGAGGUACCAAGAUUGAAGAACAGAUAAUAAUUGGAACGCCAGGGACUGUCCUAGAUUGGUGUUUCAAAUUGAAGCUGCUGGAUGUGAAGAAGAUCUCUGUGUUUGUGCUGGAUGAAGCGGAUGUUAUGAUUGACACACAGGGCUUCUUAGACCAGAGUGUCCGCAUUCAGAGAACAUUACCACAGCAUUGUCAGAUGCUCCUCUUCUCAGCAACCUUUGAGGAUGCCGUGUUGCGGUUUGCUGAGCAGAUCAUCCCUGACCCCAACAUAAUUAAACUCCGCCGAGAGGAGAUGACCUUGACCAAUAUCAGGCAGUACUACUUUUUGUGUGAGAAUAAACAAGAUAAAUACAAGGCCCUGUGUAAUAUCUAUGGGAGCAUCACCGUUGGCCAGGCUAUCAUCUUCUGUCAGACUCGUAGGAAUGCCAAAUGGUUAUCGCAGGAACUGAGUCAGGAUGGGCACAAAGUGUCUGUCCUGAGUGGGGAGCUGACAGUUGAGCAACGGGCAGCUGUAAUCCAAAGGUUUCGUGAUGGAAAAGAGAAGGUCCUUGUCACAACUAAUGUCUGUGCUAGAGGUAUUGAUGUGAAACAGGUCACAAUUGUUGUGAAUUUCAAGCUCCCGACAAACCAGUUGCAGUGUCCAGACUUUGAGACCUACCUACACCGCAUAGGGCGAACAGGUCGUUUUGGGAAAAAGGGCCUAGCCUUCAACAUGGUGGAAAGACACAACUUACCAUUGCUACACAGCAUCGAAGAGCACUUCAAGACCAAGAUUAAGCAGUUGGACCCAGAUGACAUGGAUGAGAUAGAGAAGAUUGAAUCUUAA